CUCUUCAGCUGCUGCAGCUUCAGUUUGUCUCAUCCAAACCAGAGCGACACAUCACCAGUGUAGGACGUGAAGAUGGACCACGUUUUGCUCUGUGUGCUGGAUUUCCUGAUUCUCAGUUUUCUCUGCUGUGGAAACUCUCAAGAUUUUGUCCUCACUGUGUCUCCAUCAUGGCUGAAUCCUGGAGCCUCAGUGACUCUGAGCUGUGAGGUUAAACCUUCAUCUGCAGGAUGGAGGUUCUACUGGUAUAAAGCUGUUCCUGAUCUAAAGCAGAACAACUACAGAUAUGAGCUGCUGCCUGGUAGCAUCAAUGGGACUGUAGAGAACUCCUUCAUCAUUCAUGGACAGAAACACACAGCAGGAUUUGCAUGUAGAGCUGAAGGAGGAAACCCAAAGGAUUUCACUGAAUUCAGUGAACCAAAGUUCAUCUGGUCUGCAGAUCCUCAUCCAGCAGCGUCUCUCUCAGUGAGUCCUGACAGAGAGCAACACUUCACCUCUGAGUCUGUGACACUGAACUGUGGAGGAAACUCUGCUGAGUGGAGAGUGAAGAGGUUUAGAGAAAACUCUGAUAUAUUGACAAUACGUUUUUUGGAUGAAGAUGAUGAACUCCAGUUGCCAGACUGCUCCAGCUCAUGGAAAUUGAAUGGAUGCUCAUGUACCAUUAACAGUCACUGGUCCUUUAAAUCAGUGUACUGGUGUGAAUCUGAAUCAGGAGAGAUCAGCAAUGCAGUCAACAUCAGUAUACAUGCUAAAGAUCUUCUCCUGGUGAGCCCCGUCCAUCCUGUGACUGAAGGAGCUUCUGUUACUCUGAGCUGCAGACUGAGAGGAGAAAACAAACUUUCUGAUGUGAUUUUCUAUCAUCAUGACAAACUGAUCCAAAAUGACGGCAGAGGAGAGCUGAAGAUCUCUGCAGUGUCUCAGUCAGAUGAAGGUUUCUACAAGUGUGAACAUUCAGGAGAAGUUUCACCUCAGAGCUGGAUGGCAGUUAAAGCUGCAUCCAGACCUGGAAGCUCCUCUUUUCCUGUUCCGUUGGUCACUGGAUCAGUGAUUGGAUUCAUCGUUCUCAUCCUCCUGCUGCUGGUGAUUUAUUUCCAAAAGCCAAAAUGUUGUGGUUCAGAGCAGCCAGUUGGUCAGGAUGAAGAUCUGCAUCAAGUUUACUCCUCUCUCCUCCAUGGUGACCUUUGUGUCUAUGAAACAAUCAGAGGCCCUGAAAACUGUGGAAAAGGGCAACUUGAUGAUUCAGAGAAGAUCUCUGAUAAGGUUGAUGCAACUUCAGAAUAAAAAAUAAAAGUCUAUGGAGAGAAGUUCAAAGAACCAUAACAGGAAAAUGUCAAUCUACUCACCAUUGUCUGUCAUGUGAAAAAAGACCAUAUA